UCUCUCUUUCUUUUUUGUUUGUUUGCCACUCCGACCCUUUCUCUCUCUAAAAUUUCACAUUCUGUAGCGAUUCAAAACCCUAGACUAGAACUCGUAUAAACGAAGGAUCGCUAGGGGCCAUUGCCGUCCGCCUCGACAUUUAGCGGAGGAGGUCUAGGCUGAUAAAUUCAACGGUGAAUUGCCUUCAUCAAGAGAUUGGGAUUUCAGAUGUGAUUAUGCUUGAAAAUGCUGGAUAGGCUGCUUUUGAUGUUAUCUGUAUUCUAUUUUAUUGGUUUGAAGUUGACAAUCACAUAUCAAGUUCUUUGGAUUUAAUAUCAUCUAUGCCUGGCAACGAAGUUGGAGAUAGGGUCCACAAUUUCUUUGCUCAGGACACCUUGUCACAGGGUCAGCAUCAGUCACAGGUAUUGGACCAGAACCAUCCAGCUCUGAAUAAUAAUCUGUGGGUUGGAAGCCAGGGACCAAUUGGUGUUCCAAGUUACAGCACAAAAAGUUAUAAUUUACAGCAAUCAGUAGUAGAUACUGGGAGAGGGUCAAAUAGUCAUUUGAAUGGACCACAUGGCUUGAAUUUUGCUCGAUCCACUCUAAGGUCUGAGAUUCAGCUGCAGAGUCAGCAGCAAAGUUUGAAUGGAUAUAUGUAUGGCAAUCUUUAUGAUACACGGCAAGAUGAAGGAAGCUUUCUGGCAGCUGAUAUAGGUUCUGAUCAGCGUAAUGUAGCUUCAUUAGACUCAUCUUUCUGUGAACAGUCACCACAAGGUGUGGGUCCUCAGCAUCAAGCACAGCCAAUCAGUUCUGGAGUUUCUGAAUCUUCUGGUAAUUUUGGUCUUUUUGGUGGUCAACAACAAAUGAGUCGUCAGCAAUCAAACAUGCUGCAAUCUCUGCAGCUCCAGCAGUCUGGGCUUAAGGACAUGCAGCAGCUACAACAGCAAGUAAUGUUCAUGAAGAUGCAAGAACUUCAAAGGCAACAGCAACUUCAGCAACAAGAUGCAAGGCACCAAAAUUCACUUGGCCAGAUUUUACCCUUUCCUAAAGUUGCACCUGGCAGCCAUUCCUCUCCCUUGGUUCACAACACUAUACAUUCAGGGGCACUGAGCUUUCCUUGGGCAACUGACACCAGUAACACAAACUGGUUGCAGGGCAGUUCUUCAGCAUUGCAAGUAUCCUCUAAUGGUUUUGUUUCUACUAAUCAUGGUCAAGGACAUCACUUGAUGGGAUUAACUCCUCAACAGAUUGACCAAUCUCUUUUUGGAGUUCCUGUUUCAACUUCAAGAGCUGGUGUAAGUCAAUAUUCCCAAGCAGUUGCUGAGAAGCCAUUGAUACAGCAAACAGUUUCCUUUAAUAAUUCAUUUCCAUUUCGACAAUAUGCUCCACCACCGGAUCAAAUUGGUGUUCAGGAUGGAGCUGUCACUUCUAGACAGAGAUUCGUAGGUGAAAGUUUCUUUGGACAUGCUCCUAACCAAAGUCUAAACAAUGCAAUCAACAUGGAGAACCUUCAGGAUGUGAAUGCCAUUCAACAUGGUGCAGCUGCACAGGAAUUCCAAGCGAGACAGGAGCCUGCUAUUCCUUCAGUCAACACACAAGAGAAAACAUCAAAGGAAACUGCCUCUUCAAACAAUGAAGUUGGUCUUGAUCCUACAGAAGAAAGAAUUUUGUUUGGUUCAGAUGAUAAUAUAUGGGCUGCCUUUGGAAAGAGCCCCAAUAUGAGGGAGGAAGCCUGCAAUUCACUUGAUGGCACCGGAUUAGACAAUGGGUUUCCUUCUAUUCAAGGUGGUACUUGGAGUGCUCUAAUGCAGUCUGCUGUUGCAGAAGGCUCUAGUGCUGAUGUAGGACCACAGGAAGAGUGGAGUGGAUUGAAUUUUCACAGUACGGUUGUUCCUCCAGGGAAUCAAAACAUUUCACAAUAUAAUAGUGGGAGGCAACCAAGUUCUUUGAUUGAUGUCCGCAUGCCUAUUGCCUCAUCAUUGAAUUCCGAGACUGGUCAGCCAUCUGGCAGUAAUAAUAUGAAGAAUACUUAUGUCAAUCUUCCAGGAUCCCAGCAACUUGGGCAUAAAUUUCCCAAUGAAACUGGCCAUAGCAUGCAAUCAAAUUCUGUGCAGAGACUUGUGCAACCAUCUGAGGAAGGCAACAAGUGGCCAGAUGUUGGACCAUUACAAAUGUCAGGUGCUGAAGGAAGCCGAAUGCUGACAAAUGCUUCACUUCCUCUUGAUACAGAAAUAGAUGCCAAGAGGGUUCCUAGUUCAUGGAUGGAUGAGGUUGGUGGUCCUAGUAAAACAUGUGAUAGAUUAAGUGAUUGGAAUGGUCUUGGGUCUGCAAUGCCUACUGAAGAUGCUUCUGUAAAUACUCAUUCGAGUCAGAACUACUCGAAAUAUUUGGGCAGCAGUCAAAAUAAAGGCACACAUGGGGAAGCUGUUCAUACUGGUGCUUUAUGGAAAACUGAUCCUGGACCUAGCCCAGCUGUUGAUUUGGAACUUACAAGAUCUCCUGCCGGUGCCCUGGUGAAUUCGGAGCUUCUUGGCAUGAAAAGUACUGACACAAUAGCAAAGUCCAGUUCUAUGAGCGGUGCUGAGGAAACCAGUAGAUUUCUUUCUAGUAGGAAUCAAGUUAAGCAUUGGAAGAAUGCCAAUACCUUGUUUAAAGGUAAAGAAAGUCAAGGUUUGGAGAGAUCACAGUCACACAUUAUCAAGGAUAGCCAUAUUUUGAACUCACUAGAAACCACAUCUCAAAGAGGUGCUAAAACUAAUGAGAUAGAUACCUGUGACAAACAGGAGAACUCUAAUGACAGCUACCGGUCCAAUGUAUCACACCAAAAUUCUGCCGGAAGUUUGAGGGAAAAUGUUAUGUUAGAUCCAACUGAUUCAAGGGCUGUUGCUACUGGAAAGGAAAAGUCUAAUCAAGUUGGUAAGAAAAAUUCUGCUCGCAAAUUUCAGUAUCAUCCUAUGGGAAAUUUGGAUGAAGAUGUAGAUCCCCCAUAUGGAUUGCAAAAGCCUAUCCAUACACAGGCAAUGGCCUCACAGAAUGCCCACUUUGGCCACUCAAAGUUUUUGAUUCAGGGUCAAUCAUCUGAUGUUCUAAGAGAUGGCAAAGUCCUGGCUGAUUUGCACUCUCAGAGUUGCUUUCCUAGCUCUGUGUCUAAUAUGUCUGCACCCUUGACCAGAUCUCUUGAUAUUCCCCCUCCAGUCACAGCUUCUCCUUCGAGUCCAAACAUGCUACAGCUUCUUCCGAAGGUGGAUCAAUCAAGAGUUUUUGGUGCCACAAUGCGUCAGAAUGCAUUACAAAUUGAGAUGCCCAAGGCAGAAAGCUCAGAUGGAUCUGUUGGGCGCCUAUAUCCAAGUCAGUCAUCUUCUGCUCAAGUAUUUGGUCUACAAUUAGGUCCUCCAUCCCAGCUCACGCCAGUUCAAAACCAUAUACUUUCAUCUCAAAGCUCUAUGCAAACUGUUUGUUCAUCUAUGAGUCAUUCUGCUGUUGAGUUUGGUGAAAAGGCACAUGUAGCCUCUAUGUCUCAUGUUAAAUCAUUCCCUCCUUCCAGUGAAACAACCCAAGGAGAGUUUGCUAAUCGAUCUGGAGUUCCAACAAAUGACAACAAUGAGAACAUUCGUUACGAGAUGCAUGGAAAAUUUUCUCCAGCAUUUAAUUCUGGCUUCCCCUAUUCAAGAAGCCGGAUUCAAAAUCAACAGAUGGCUACUGGGCAAGAGUUGAAAAGUCAGUCUACCAGUAAUUCUUUCAAGGAUCCUCCCUGUUUCACUGAGGAAGAUGACACCAGUAAUUCUUCCAAAAAUCCUCCCUGCUUCACUGAGGAAGAUGAUUCACUUAGGGAACAAUCUGGUGGCGGUCUAUCUGCAAAGAAUUUUUCACAUGAGGUAGCUGGCAAUCCGAGCUCUUUGGGCACAGCUAAGCAGACUAGUAUCAUCAAUUCCCAUGAAACCCCUCAAAAAUCAGUUGAUAACUCCUUACCAGUUUCUCAGCAUCCCUCCAUUUCUGGUAUGUCUCAACAGGCGUCCUUGUCAAAGACAAUGAAUAAUACAUGGGGCACUUCUCAGGCAAAUCCAUUUGGUGUUCUGCCUAGUGGAGAGCCUUCAUCUAUAUCACGCUUGCACCAAUUGAAUAUUGUGGGAACAUCCUCUGCUCCUGAGAACCAAGGAGAUCAAGAUGCAAUCAGAGGAGGGAAUUUCUCGUCUGAGGUUUGUGCAAAUUCUGUAAAUUCAUCAGGUAAGGCACCCAGUGAAGAGCAACAUUUGAAGGAAAGCACUUCUCAGCAAUUAUCAUUGAGAAAUAUUGAUUCUGUCCAGAAGGUGAAUAAAGCUCAGGAAGAACAUAUCAUCAAGAAUCUCUCAGAUGUAUAUCCUGUUAGUUCUUCAUCAAUGCAAAGAGAUAUUGAAGCCUUUGGGCGAACUUUGAAACCUAGUAACUUUUCUCAUCAAAACUAUUCUUUACCUAAUCAAGUACGGGCAAUGAAGAAUGUGGAAAUUGAGCAGAGCAAUAAUAAUGCUCUAAAAAGAUCUCGAGUCCCAGAUGAUGGCCCUGGUGGUCAGCAAAUGUCUCAUGAGGCUGUUCCCUCAGUUGAUUCUAGAAUGCCAAAUUUCACUGGACCAGAUCAUUUGGAAAGAAACAUAGAAGGGAAUGUACCUACACUGGAUAUGCAUGCAAUUCAUAGGGAUGAUUCUCAGGCCAAUGCUCUUUGCAACAGUGCAAGUUCUGUUAAAUUUGAGCACACCCAGAUUAGUCCACAGAUGGCACCAACUUGGUUUAGUCAGUAUGGAAAUGGAACCUUUAAAAAUGGGCAGGUGUUAGCCAUGCAUGAUGCGCAAAGAGCUGCUUCCAUGAAGAUGGGUGAACCGCCUCUCAUUCUUGGGAAGCCCUCCAGUAGUUUGCACAUAUUUAAUUCAAAGCAGCAACUAAUACCUGCUAAUAAUGAUAUAAGUCAACAAGCUAAGCCGAGCAUGCACCCCACCCCUACUGCAGCCGAGCACUUUCCUUCUUCUCAAUCAUUGUCGGUGAGUAUAAGUGAUCAGCAUUUACUACUAAGACCCAAGAAGCGCAGGCGUGUUACAGCUGACCUGAGUCCUUGGUGCAAAGAAGUUUCAGAGAGUUUGCAGAGUCUUCAGACUAUCAGCAUGGGUGAAAGAGACUGGGCAAAAGCUGCGAAUCGAGUUACUGAAAAGGUUGAAGAGGAUGUUGACUUUAAUGAGAAUUGCCCUUCAAGAGUUAGAGCAAGAAGAAGACUUAUCUUGACCACUCAGCUUAUGCAGCAGUUAUUUCGUCCUCCACCAAUGACAAUUCUUUCUGCAAAUUCCAGUGUGGAAUAUGAGGCUUUUGCUUAUUCAGCUUCUAGAUUGGCAUUGGGUGAUGCAUGUGGUGUGGUUUCUAGGCCUAACAGUGAUCACAGUAUGGCAGCUGAAGGGAGAGAACUAUUGUCUCGCAAGUGCACAACAUCAGAGGACAGUGAUCAUCAACAUUUCUCAAAAGUUGUGGAAGAGUUCACUGAGAGAGCAAGGAAGCUAGAAGAGGAGUUUCUGAAACUGGACAAGAGAGUUUCACUGGUGGAUUUGAUAGUAGAAAACCAAGAUUUGGAGAAGUUUUCUGUCAUUAACCGUUUUGCAAAGUUUUAUGGCCGCGGCCAAGCUGAUGGUGCAGAUACCUCAACUUCGUCAGAUGCAGCUGCACACCCUUAUAAAGCUUUUGCUCAGAGAUAUGUGACAGCAUUCCCAAUGCCAAGGAAUGUCCCGAGCGGGGUACAAUGUUUCUCCCUUUCUGUUCCUUACAUGUUAAUAUGCUUGAACUUUGCUUGUAGCAUGGGUGAAAGAGACUGGGCAAAAGCUGCGAAUCGAGUUACUGAAAAGGUUGAAGAGGAUGUUGACUUUAAUGAGAAUUGCCCUUCAAGAGUUAGAGCAAGAAGAAGACUUAUCUUGACCACUCAGCUUAUGCAGCAGUUAUUUCGUCCUCCACCAAUGACAAUUCUUUCUGCAAAUUCCAGUGUGGAAUAUGAGGCUUUUGCUUAUUCAGCUUCUAGAUUGGCAUUGGGUGAUGCAUGUGGUGUGGUUUCUAGGCCUAACAGUGAUCACAGUAUGGCAGCUGAAGGGAGAGAACUAUUGUCUCGCAAGUGCACAACAUCAGAGGACAGUGAUCAUCAACAUUUCUCAAAAGUUGUGGAAGAGUUCACUGAGAGAGCAAGGAAGCUAGAAGAGGAGUUUCUGAAACUGGACAAGAGAGUUUCACUGGUGGAUUUGAUAGUAGAAAACCAAGAUUUGGAGAAGUUUUCUGUCAUUAACCGUUUUGCAAAGUUUUAUGGCCGCGGCCAAGCUGAUGGUGCAGAUACCUCAACUUCGUCAGAUGCAGCUGCACACCCUUAUAAAGCUUUUGCUCAGAGAUAUGUGACAGCAUUCCCAAUGCCAAGGAAUGUCCCGAGCGGGGUACAAUGUUUCUCCCUGUGAUUCAAAAUUAGUUGUUCUUCCCCCGUUUUCUAGUCCACAUUCUCCACUUGCUCGGCUUCCGUGAAAUUUUUCAUGUUGGUUAUAUACUGGCACCUGCAAUGACAAAAAUAGAACCACAGGGUCGAAAAGCAGAAGGUGAAUGGAUGUGAUCUCUCUUCCAUUUGGCGAAAUGAUAAAAAUUAUGGUCUAUGUAUAUGUUGUUUAAUUUGCAAAGAAAUGGUGGUGGUGGUGCCCCGUAAAUUUUUUGGUGAAUGGGGAAGAUUACUAGUCCGGCCUGUUACUCAGAGGAAUCGACACAUAGUUAACCAGAUUUCAUGAUUUCUACUAGUAUGUACAUACUUACAAAAGACCCUUUUGUCAAAUUUAAGAGGCUUCUAUUUAUUCUGCCAUGGUAAAUUGUUUAUGUUAUGAUGUGGGUCGAAAGGUUUGAUUUUGUGGCAGUAUAAAAUUUCCAGCUAUCCAAAUUAUUAGGAUCUCUUUCACUCGACCCAGCAUUCUUUAUUCAAUGGAACCAAAAUUUGCAAUUGUUAUGUAGUGGACUAUGUUCUACGUAGCUCUGUGGAUUAUGGUGUAAUACAUCGGUGUGGAUCAAUGUAUAACACUAAAUGCUAAUUAAAUGUAAUAAGGUUCAUUAUUA